UGCUGCUUGAGCGAGUACUUGAUUUGUUAUCGUCGAGAUCGUGAUAAAGCAAACAUGGACAUGCAGAAAAGAUUUCCUGACAUUGUGAACGCUAUUUCAUCAUACAAACUUACACAAGGCGUUCGCACUGAACAGCACUGGGAAAGCUUAAAACAAUUGAACAAUGCGGGACCUCACCUCACCUGUACUUUUGAGGAAAAAGACGAAAUAGGAGAGUUUUGUGUUGCACAGGGUCUGCCCGAAAGGAUUGUAAAAGACCUGAAAGAUUUCCAAACUUUGUUUAAUAACGAAUUGCCAAGCAACGUCAUUAGCUCUCUAUGGAAAAAUAUACGUUAUUUGUUCUUGAUUACUGUCAAUUAUACCUAUGGAGAGAGACCUGUUUCCAAAGGUCUUGUAGAUCAUGGAAUUGUGCCAGUUUUGAUAUUCUUCAUAAAACAUUUUAGGGGAAAGAGUGACGAUUCUCACGAAGGUUACAUCGUAAAACUUUGCGUUGAGAUAAUGGUUAACUUGUCGAGGGCAGUACCACCUCAAGCACUGAAUAAUACCGGGGUCGUAGACGCCCUUAUUCCCUUCGUUAAAAGUACGAACAAGUCUAUGGCUGUAGCGAGUCUGAUUGCAUUAGCUGCGAUAGUAGAUGAGGAUCAGAAUGAUUUAUUGAUGGCUAAUCCAGAACCAAUCAAGUUGAUCAUAGAUUUGCUGAAAACUGCAUUGUGUUCCGAAGAUCAUCGUCUUGUGGGGGGAACUCAGUGGUCUGCAUACGARUUGGGGGAUGGAUUGAGCCAAAUAGCCGUGAACGACAAAAACAAAAUCCAGAUCGUGAGGCAAGGAGGACUUAAAGUUUUAAGUGAGUUUUUGAUGAAAGCUAAAGACACCGUUGAAGAAGCCAGUGCAGCAAAAUGUUUUUGGAUGCUUGCGUUUAACGAGGACAAUGUGAAAAAGAUUAAGGAAUUUCCUGAUUGUAUUGAAAAACUACGAGCAUUAAAAGCGAGCGCGGAUAGUCAAGUAKCGAGCUCUGCUUCUGGUGCACUAUGGGAAAUAGAAGAGAAAGCUAAAAGAGGCGAAGACAUCGAAGCAAGCCGAGCAAGCCUUAAAAGAACAGACACCGGUGAUGAUAACAUGCCACAUAUCAUGAUUAGCUAUCAGUGGGACGUUCAAAACACUAUGAUACAGGUUAAGAACCUCUUGCAGCAAAACGGAUUCAAAGUAUGGAUGGAUGUGGAGCAAAUGCAAGGAUCACUUUCUCAAGCAAUGGCUGAAGCAGUCGAGAAUUCUGCUUUAGUACUAGUGUGUGUCUCUUCCAAGUACGAAAAGAGCGCCAAUUGUACAAGUGAAGCGAAAUAUGCUCGUAAUUUGAAGAAGAACAUCAUACCAUUGAUGGUGGAGAAGAACUUCAAGGCUCGAGGCUGGCUCGGACUUCUUAUAAGCGACUAUAUCUGGUAUGACUUCACUGAAACAUCUCGAUUUCAAGAAACAGCAGAUAAACUGAUGAAAGAGUUGAAAACUCGGGUUCCUAAGGCCAUUGUUGGAGCAAAGCCUAUUCCCGCCACAGAAGAACCAUCACUUUCAGCGCCUGAAAGUUUGUUUUYAACGAAUGCAGUUAAUAAAUGGCAAGAAAAGGAUGUCAUUUCUUGGGUCAAGGAGAUUGGUCUCAGUCAAAGAGUAAGAGUCGAGGCAUUUAAUCAUUUCAAUGGAGAUCUUUUAAUUGAGCUUUGGAAGUUAAAACAAGAGGUUAGUAGAUCACAGCACUGUGUAUGA